GACCGACAAGUCAACACGUUUACACUCCUAUAUAAACAGCUCAGGCCAGCAGUGACUCUUACUCUGUUUUCUUUUCACAGACAUUUCUGGAGAGGAAUACAAUCUGUAACACCAUGAAUAAGCUGCUUGUCAUUACUGUGCUGGUUGCACUUCUUGCUCUCAGUGCUGAAAGUUUCCGUGUGCCAAGACAGGCUGAGGAAGAACAAGGGACUCUGACCAAGAUCACAGAUGCUGUCAAGGGCUAUUAUGACGAUGCAGUCGACACUGUCAGUGGAUAUGUGGAAAGUAUCAAGGGCCUGAAGCUGGAGGAGAAAGCAAAAAAUCUCUACACUGACACCACCACAGCUGUGGUCACCUAUGCUGGCAUUGUGCAGGAUCAACUUUACCACAUCUUUCACCAUUAAUAGUAAAACAAAAAGAAACAAAAAGCUUAAUACUGAUGACCUCCGUCACCUUUUCUGACAACAUUAGAAUGCUCAACCUGCACAUGAAAUGCCCACACAUUUUUUGACAUUUUUAACUUAUUAUCUCACCACAUGGAGCCUAAAAUGUCACACAGCAUCUUCAGAUAUGAUGAACACGGUGCUCUUUGUGACAGUAUUUUGGGCCACAGCACCAGUGAUAACCAUGCAGUGAAGACAGUAAUCCUUUGCAAAACAACUAACAGCUUGCCCAGAGAAACUAGAUGGGAAAAAUGGCAUCAUCUUGUCAUAUAUCACUGAAUUUAGAGUCUCAGAAAAAGAAAACAAUUAAAUGUGGAGAUAAUGCAAAUAUGUUGUGGUAUAACACUACCUAGUGGUGCCUCUGUUUUCUCAUUUUAAUAGCCAUAAACCUCUGAAUGAAUUUAAAUAUGUGUCAUAUCUUGAAAUAAAAUAUUUAUACAAAAA